AUGGGCCAAGUGACGGCUCUCCUCAACUCCAUAGGCUGGACCCUGCCGGUGCUGCCAGAGCUGGAUGACCUCACUGUGGGUACGUCAUCAUGGAACUGUCAUGGAACUGUCAUGGAAAAUGAGUGGUUUCGGCAGGACCUGCCAGGCUACCUGUUCCCGGAGGACUCGUUGUACGAUGCCACUGUUUUGGAUGAAGAGGCGGUCAGAGAAGUUUGUGAAAAGUUUGAAUGCAAUGAGUCCGAAGUUGUGUCCAGCCUCUAUAGUGGAGAUCCACAGGAUCAGCUAGCUGUAGCUUAUCAUCUCAUCAUAGACAACCGGCGCAUCAUGACCCAAGCCAGUGAAUUCUAUUUGGCAUCCAGUCCUCCACAGGGCUCUUUUAUCGAGGAGGGGAUGCUGCUGCCCCCUGGGAUCAAACCCCAUCCAGAGAGGAUGCCUCCUCUUUUGGCUGACAGCCCCAAGUCUCGAUGUCCUCUGGAUGCUCUCAACACCACCCGCCCCAAACCACUCGCAGUAAAGAAAGCCAAAUGGCACUUGGGUAUCCGGAGUCAAAGCAGACCGUACGAUAUUAUGGCUGAGGUGUACAGAGCUAUGAAACAGCUCAGUUUUGACUGGAAGGUGGUGAACCCGUAUCAUCUGAGAGUGCGCAGGAAGAAUCCAGUGACGGGAAACCUGGUGAAAAUGAGUCUACAGCUUUACCAAGUUGACCACAGAUCCUACCUCCUCGACUUCAAGAGCAUUGAUGAUGACAUCAUGGAGGCAGUUGGUUUUAAAUCGGGAUCGUCCACUCCUCAGAGGUCAGGCUCCACAGCCGGUCUUCACAGACCCAGACUGAGCAUCGAUUCUGCGAGCCCAGCCAUCGACCUGCCUCAGCUCAGCUUCUCUCUCCCGGGCUCUCUGUCUGGUAGCUCCCCGCUGCUGACCCCUCGUCAGGGAUCACACACCAUGGACUUUUUUGAAAUGUGUGCCAGUCUGAUCACCACGCUGGCACGCUGAGACCUGCGGCCCCUCAGCGUUGCUGUAACCUGGAUGUCGGUAAGGCUUUGAAGCUAGCUGUGGGAUGUAGGGAGCGUCUGUUGUGACCGUUGUUCUGUUUCCUCUCAGUUUAUCUGAGACAUAAUGAAAAGCAAUACCAGUGUUGUGUUAACCUCAGCUAUAGGAGAGAAAAAGGGAAUAAACACUGAAAAUUAGCGUUUUAAGAAUUACUAUGACACAACCUUAGGGUGAAGUCUUUGUGAUUAAACAUCAAUUACUAACUGUAUAAACUGGAUCCUUGAUGAAGUUGUGGAAGCAAACUGUAGGCUCACAGUUCAGUCAUGUCAGUGUCAUGUUUACUGCCACUUCUCACACAAAUACCUUUAAUCUUUGAAAGUCUGCUGAGACGUCACCCUGAAUGGCAGGACGUCCUGUGAAUUAACCACAAACACUCAUCCAAGGUCAGGUUAGCAGUUUUCUCACCACAGCUGUGUCGGAGGAACGUUACUGUUACGCUUAGAAUUAUUUUGCAAGUUUUCUAUGGUUUGUAAAA